GCGGGCGGGAGAGUGGAGGCAAUGCGGCGCACCGGGGGCGUAGGAGGCUCUCCGGGUGCCCCGCCCCGCGCUUGCCUUGGCCGUAGCAUCCGGCGGGAAGGUGGUGCUAGUGCCCUCAAUCUCGGCCCCAGCUCCGGCUCGGAGGCCGCUAUUGCCAUGCCUCGGGGCCGGCGGCGGGAACGUGGCGGCGGCGGCGGCGGCAGUGGGGGCAAGCAGCUUCUGCUGAGCAGAUUCUUCGGAGCGGUGGGCAGCGGCGGGGAGCAGGGCGCUGCCAGGCAGACGGCAUCUGAAUUUGUCACAAAAAGGAGAACAUCCCCUGAAAGCAAUGAACCCUGUGAAAAGAAGCCACGACAAAUUACUCUAGAAGACAUCUCUAACUCUCUGAAGACUCAGGAUGAAGAAGAACCUCAGAAGUGUGAAAAGCCCCGUAUAUGUUUGCAAACUCUAGAGAGACUGAGAGAAUUCUGCAAUGACUCAGAUCAGCCCUGUAACAGAGGCCGAGAGGAUAGUUCUUGGGAGAAAGAUUCUCAGAGUUUCAAAAAAUGUCCCAGUAUUACUGGGAGAAGUUCAGAAUUGAAGAGCCUUCUUCAGUCCUGCAACACGGGCGUAAAGGUUGCUCAGAAGGAGGAGUUGCACUGUGAUCUUAGUCAGUUUUCUGCGUCUCUUAAGCCUUAUGGAAAUGCUCAAAAUACUUCAGAUAUAACUCUUAAUAAGAGAACUAAAAGCAUUUACACUCCACUAGAACUUCAAUUUAUAGAAAUGAAGAAACAGUAUAAAGAUGCCAUUUUGUGUGUGGAAUGUGGCUACAAAUACCGCUUUUUUGGAGAAGAUGCAGAGAUUGCAGCCAAAGAACUGAAUAUUUAUUGUCAUCAGGAUCAUAACUUCAUGACUGCCAGCAUACCAACCCACAGACUGUUUGUCCAUGUGCGACGCCUUGUAGCUAAAGGAUAUAAGGUUGGAGUAGUAAAGCAAAUGGAAACUGCAGCCCUGAAGGCUGCUGGAGAAAAUAAAAGCUCUCUCUUCAGCCGGAAACUGACUGCUCUCUACACAAAGUCGACCCUUAUUGGAGAAGAUGUGAACCCUUUGCUGAAGCUAGAUGAACCUGUAGAUAUUGAGGAGACAACAGCAGAUGUCCCUGAUAACUACCUCCUUUGUAUCUGUGAAAAUGGGGAAAACUUAAAAGACAGGAAAAAAGGUGACGUUGUUAUAGGCAUUAUGGCAAUUCAGCCAACUACUGGAGAAGUAAUUUUUGACAGUUUCCGGGACUCUGCAUCUCGUUUGGAAUUAGAGAGUCGGGUUUUGCGCCUGCAGCCAGUUGAAAUAAUACUUCCACCUAGCUUGUCAGAUCAAUCUGAGAAGCUCAUUAACAGUAUAACUUCCAUGAGGUUACGCGAUGAUAGAAUUAGGAUAGAAAGGAUGGAAAACUUCCACUUUGAAUACAGCCAUGCUUUCCAGCUGAUUACUGAUUUUUAUGCAAAAGAAGUGCCUGAUAGUACAGGUCCUCAAAAAUUAUCUGUAAUACUGAGCUUGGAUAAGCCUGUUAUUUGCUCUCUGUCAGCAGUAAUUGCAUACCUCAAAGAAUUUAAUUUGGAGAGGAUGCUUUACAGUCCAAGCAGUUUCAAACAGUUGUCAAAUGAAGCUGAGUACAUGACAAUUAAUGGGACAACAAUGAAAAAUCUGGAAAUUUUACAGAAUCAGACUGAUAUGAAAACAAAAGGAAGUUUGCUCUGGGUCUUGGAUCAUACUAAAACUUCCUUUGGACGUCGAAGAUUGAAGAAAUGGGUAACCCAGCCUCUCAUGAAAUCCAGUGAAAUAAAUGCCCGGCUUGAUGCUGUGUCUGAAAUCCUGCAAUCGGAAUCCAAUGUGCUUGGUCAGAUUCAAAAUCUUCUUUCUAAGCUGCCAGAUAUAGAAAGAGGCCUCUGCAGUGUUUUUCACAAAAAGUGCUCAACACAAGAGUUCUUCUUGAUAGUCAGCACCCUGUCUCGCCUGAACUUGGAAAUUCAAGCUCUCAUUCCAGUAAUACAUUCUCAUGUGAAAACUCCUCUACUACAAAAUGCACUACUAGAAAUUCCAGAACUCCUCUCCCCAGUGAAAUAUUAUUUAAAGAUCCUUAAUGAAGAAGCAGCCAAGACUGGAGAUAAAACUCAGUUGUUCAAGGACCUUACAGACUUCCCUGUCAUCAGAAAGAAAAAGGAAGAGAUCCUGGAUGUGCUUUCUAAAAUCCAAUUGCAUUUGCCAGAUAUUCGUAAGCAGAUUAAGAAACCUUCUGCAGAGUAUGUAACAGUUUCUGGUCAUGAGUUUUUAAUAGAAGUCAAGAACUGCCAGAAGUCAUGUGUGCCCUCUGACUGGGUUAUGAUUAGCAGCACAAAAGCUGUCAGCCGUUUCCACUCUCCUUUUAUUAUAGAAAAUUACAGACAUCUGAAUCAGCUCCGGGAGCAGCUAGUCCUUGACUGCAAUGCUGAAUGGCUAAAUUUUUUAGACCAUUUUAGUGAACAUUACCACCCUGUGUCUAAAGCGAUUGGUCACCUAGCAACUGUUGACUGUCUGUUCUCAUUGGCCCAGGUGGCUAAACAAGGAGACUACUGCAGACCAACUGUGCGAGAUAAUUGUCGAGAAAUAGUUAUAAAAAAUGGGAGGCACCCUGUGAUUGAUGUGCUACUGGGAGAACAGGAUCAGUAUGUUCCAAAUACCACUAACAUUUCAGGAGAUGGUGAAAGGGUCAUGAUAAUAACUGGACCAAACAUGGGAGGAAAGAGCUCCUAUAUAAAGCAGGUUGCACUGAUCACAGUCAUGGCGCAGAUUGGCUCAUAUGUUCCUGCAGAGGAGACAACAAUUGGUGUUGUGGAUGGUAUUUUUACCAGAAUGGGUGCAGCAGACAACAUUUACAAAGGCCGAAGUACUUUUAUGGAAGAACUGACAGACACCGCUGAGAUAAUAAGAAAAGCAACUUCAAGAUCACUAGUGAUUUUGGAUGAAUUAGGAAGAGGAACUAGCACACACGAUGGGAUUGCUAUUGCUUAUGCUACACUUGAGCAUUUUAUUGAAGAUGUGCAGUCACUGACACUGUUUGUCACUCACUAUCCCUCUGUUUGUGAGCUAGAGAACGUGUAUCCAGAAAAAGUUGGUAAUUACCAUAUGGCUUUCUUGGUGAAUGAGGAGGAAAGUGCUGAACUAAAAGAUUCUGAAGGAGAAGAGAAUCCUGAAUUUAUCACCUUUCUUUAUCAAAUAACAAAAGGAGUGUCUGCAAGGAGUUAUGGGCUAAAUGUUGCCAAACUGGCAGAUAUUCCUGAAGAAAUCUUGAAGAAGGCAGCUCACAAAUCAAAGGAGAUGGAGACAGUGGUGAAUAUGAAAAGAAAAGAGCUGAAGUCCUUUGCUGAAGUAUGGGAGAUAAACGAUUCUCAGGAACUGCAAAAAUGGAAAAGUAUGUGUGAACCUGAAGAUGAAAGAAAGGACAGUUUUUAAUCCUGAAAUCGUGCUUAAACAUAGGAAAUACUGGGGAUAUAAAAAUAUAGGUCUGGAAACGAAUAGAUUCUAUCAAGGUGUACUUCUUCUAGGAGCGUUAAGUUGACUUUUGAUGUUUGAGAGAUAUGAGAUGCUGCAUUGUGAUACAAUAUCCUACAUCAAAUUCCUGACUCUGUGCAAUUUCCACCCCCCCUACUUUGCUCCCCUGAAAUGUUUUCUACCCUUUUCCUUAAUUGCAGUGUUGCUGGCAUCAGAUUUAGUUUCUUUAGAAAACAAGAAAUUAUGUUGGUAAAUUAUGAGGUAACUCUUUUAUAAAUAAAAUGAUGUCUUUUACCUUUAUAGUACUUCAGUUUCUCAAGACAUAUUCCUCUGCAUUGGGAGAAUGUAGCUGAGUUGUGACUAUGUUAUGCUGCUAUGUAACUGGUUAAGAAUGAACUCCACAGAAAGACUUUUCAUUUUGUUCUAGUAUAAAUGCAUUUAAAAUUCACUGGUUUUGUAGAACACUCCCUAAAUUUUAUAUGCACAAUGAAUUUAAGAAAGUCUGUGUUAUGUGACUGGAUUGGGAGAGUUUUAUUUCUGCUGUUGGGAUUGAUGAUGGUGCAGUUAGUAGUUUUCUAAACAGCAGCACGAAACACA